CACAACUCAAAAUGUUGCAAAAACGAGUUAAUAGUAUAGUAAAAUCCGCGCAUUCAUUAGCUUUAUUUUGGUCUAUUCAACAUUCUUCUAUGACAAAAAGUAUUCACUGUAGAAAAUAUUUUAUGAAAGAGGGUUUUGUAUGGAAAUUUCAGCAGAAAAUAAAAAACUGCAUUAUUUAGUCUUGUCCACCUUUAAUUCUAAAUAUUUAAUAACUAAGUUUGCUGAAUAUAGCUUUAUUUUGAGUUAUAGCAGUGUUAUGUUGCUCAAUUAGUAAAUUAUUUGUUCCAUUUUCUUUUGUGGCACUUUUAUAUUCACAAUUUUCAAAAUUUUGACGUUAUACAUUGCCAUAACAAAAAAUGUGGCAUUUUAAUAUUUGGAAAUAGUUGUUAAAUUUGUAUUAUUUUUAGUUGUGCCCUUAAAUAAAUCAAUUUUUACAUGAAUUUGAAUUAUAUUGUCACACAAAUACAAACGCAUUUCGUUUUGUUUCAUUUUAUUAUAACAUUUAUUGAAUAUUAUUGUCCAUUAUUUCAUAUCAGUGCACUUUAUUUCAUUGUUUUGUUGUUCUUUUGUUUUGCAAGAAUAAACUUGCCGAGAAAUAUAAGACGUAAUAAUGUUAAUUGAUGCGAAUUUGCUUAAAAGCAAAAUAGAAAAAAAAAUAUUACAUUAGAUGUUCUAGUAUAGUGCGUGUUUGAAAUAGUUUAUACCGUUGCACUUUACUUUUAUCAAUUUUUGUGGUUUUUUUUGCAAGAAUGAUCCUGUCGAAAUAAUGUGACGAUUUUGAAGCUUUGUUGAUUUUAUUUAAAAGAAAAAAAAAGAAAAUACAUAAUUAUUAGAUAAAAUAUUCAUUGUGUCGUGAGUGCUUGGAGUGUUUAGAUUACUCAAAAUUUAAUUAAACAAAUAAAAAACUAUCAGAGCUAUUUUAAAGGUACCAGUAUUUUUUUUAAAUUUAAAAAAGUUUUUAUUUUAUUUGCGUUCGUGUAGUACAUUAUCGUACUAAUAUAUAAUAAAAAAUGAAUAAUUGUUCUCGUGGUAAAUUGCUGGUCGAUUUAGUGAAAAAAUAUAAGGAAGCAGAAAAAGUGGAGCAAAAUUUAAAUGCAAUUUCGGAAGAAAAUCAUAAUAUUAUGCAAGAAGUAGCAGCCUGCACAUCAUCACAGAAUCCAAUAAUCACAGAAUCAUCCAGUCAAAAUUAUGCUGAUUUUGACGAAAUUUCAAACGAUUUUAGCAGUGACGAUACUAUCAGAGAUAAAACAUGGCAGCCUGAAGACGAUCAAGAAGUCAACUUCACUUUAAACGAAACGAAUUUCAGUGCAGAAGAAAACAUUGAUCCUAACAAAAAUAGAGAACACGAGAAUGUAAGUGUAAUAAGUAGAAAUAAUGAUGGUACUGAGGAAAAUAACGAAAAUUGUGAGGGCGUUAAAAAAUCAAGGAAAAGAAAACGGAAUGUGGAAAAUUGGAGCCAAAAUAUAAGAAAAAGCAACAAAAAUUCGGGAAAAUCGUAUACAACAAUGAAAGGUAAAAUAAUACCUGAAAAAAAAGUCAGAAUAGCAUGUCCAGGCUCUUGCAAAUUUAAGUGCAAUAUGUUGUUUGAUGAAACUAUGCGUCAAAAAAUUUUUGAUAAUUUUUGGGGAUUAAGUGAUUUAAGCCUGCAACGAAAUUUUAUUGCCAAAAAUGUUGACAAGGUUGUCACAAAAUACCGAUAUACAAGAGAAGGCUCCAAACGAAUUGGACUGAACCACGCCUAUAAUUUUUACAACUCUGAAGGUGAUCGAACUAGAGUCUGUAAAAAAUUUUUCAUGACGACAUUAGAUGUUGGUGAUAGAUUCAUAAGAACUGCCAUUUUGAAGAUCAAAGACAAUCUACAUUCAAUAGAUGAAGAUCGAAGAGGAAAACAUAAUAACCACCAAAAAAUACCGGAAGAUGUUUUAACUUCAAUCAAGGACCACAUUAAUUCGUUUCCACGCAUUGAAGCUCAUUAUAUAAGGAAGCAAACGGAAAGGGAAUAUAUUGAAGGAAGUCUAACUAUCGCUGAAAUGUACAGACUGUACAAAAAAAAGUGCGCUGAGAAUAAUAUUGAACCAGCUAAAUUAUGUACUUAUUCCAAGGUAUUUAAUGAGUGUUUCAAUAUAAGCUUCUUCUUACCAAAAAAAGACCAGUGCGCUUUUUGCGCUAAGUACAAUAAUUGCAGCAACGAAGAAAAAUGCUGGACCGAUUUAUUCACCAAUGGAGUGGCGUAUAAUAUUGCAAAAUUCGAAAAAAAAAACCCAACAUAUGAAGUUAAUGAACUAAACUAUAAAGAUUUCUUGGACUUAAAAAAGCUGACCGAGGAUUUGGGAAAAAACUUUAACAUAAAUUCAAGAAAAGAAAAAAAAACAAGAAAAUCAACUUCAAAUAUUCCAACAGAAAUGAGCAACGUGUUCUCGGAACCAGUGGGAAUAUCUGCCCAAAAAAAAAAAGACCUGACUGAUUUGUGCGAUAAAUUAUUAAUUCCUGAAAAUCACCACUAUUUUUAUAAAAAUUUAAAAAUAUCAACACAAAGUGUUGAAGAACACAAAUAA